GGGCCCUCCCAGGAAGUUUGGGGGGGUGGAGGGAAGGGAAGGAAAGGAAAGAAAAGUUUUUUUAAAAAAAAAGAGGGGGGGGGGGGAAAGUUUGAGGCGGGCGGCAGAGCGCGGGUCGGGCAUGGUGCGGCAGCAGCCGCCCGGCCGCUGAAGCCGCCCUGGCUGCGAGCGCCCAGCCCCGCCGCCCCGCUCCCGGCGCCGCCGCCGCGCGCUGCGCCCCCGCCAUGACGCCAGAUCUCCUCAAUUUCAAGAAGGGAUGGAUGUCCAUCCUGGAUGAGCCAGGAGAGUGGAAGAAACAUUGGUUCGUGCUGACUGACUCAAGCCUGAGGUAUUACAGGGACUCUAAUGCUGAGGAGGCUGAUGACCUCGAUGGCGAAAUCGACCUCCGUUCCUGCACAGACGUGACUGAAUUUGCAGUACAACGCAACUAUGGCUUCCAGAUACAUACAAAGGAUGCCAUCUUCACUCUGUCGGCGAUGACAUCGGGCAUCCGGCGGAACUGGAUUGAGGCAUUGAGGAAGAAUGUGCGCCCAGUCAGUGCUCCAGAUGUCACCAAGCUCUCCAACUGCAAUAAGGAAAAUUCAUUCCGAAACUACAUCCCUCAGAAGAGCUCACUCAGGACAGAGGAGCAGCAGCGGCCAGGCUCAGGCUCCGAGGUGAUCUCCAAGGGCAGUCACUGGAAGGCAGACGGGCAGCACCAUGCUUUUGACUAUGUGGAACUGUCCCCCUUGCAGCAGGGCCCUGUGAAUCAAGGGUCCCCACAGAGGACAAGAGGGAGUUUGAAGGUCUCUGACCGAACUCCCAAGCAUGAGGAUCUGGAACGGGAUCAGGCCAUCCGUUCGGAGGAGAGGCGGAAGUGGUUUGAGAACCCUGAUGGUGGGGUCCCACACAGUGAUGGCCCAAUGGGGGACUCCUCCCACAAGGUGGGGGAGCAGGAUGUCCCCACUUCCCCACUUUCAGAGGACCAGCGGAUUCGGCUGAGCGAGGAGAUAGAGAUUAAGUGGCUGGAGCUAGAACGUCUGCCUUUGAAGGACUCGCGGCGGGUGCCCUUGACAGCACUGCUGAACCAGAGCAAGGGGAGCCACGGAGACACCAAUGAAGCACUGAAGAAGGAGGUCCAGUCCCUGCGGGCACAGCUGGAGUCCUGCCGGGCCCGAAACGAGAGCCAUCGUGAGGCGGCAAAAUCCCAGGGAGAUGGCCACGUGCCUCGGGGGUACAUCUCGCAGGAGGCGUGUGAACGCAGCCUGGCCGAGAUGGAGUCGUCCCACCAGCAAGUGAUGGAGGAGCUCCAGAGGCACCAUCAGCGGGAGCUGGAGCGGCUGCGGCAGGAGAAGGAGCGGCUCCUCGCAGAGGAGGCUGCGGCGACAGCAGCAGCCAUCGAAGCACUGAAGAAAGCCCAUCGGGAGGAGAUGAAUAAGGAGCUCGGCAGGACACGCAGCUUUCAGCAGGGCGGUGCAGGCUCAGACGCCCUCCAGAAGCAACAUCAGUUGGAUGUGGAUUCCCUGAAGCGGGAGCUGCAGGUGCUUUCAGAGCAGUACUCCCAGAAGUGCCUGGAAAUUGGGGAGCUCACAGAGAAGGCGGAGGAGCGGGAGCAGACACUGCAGCGCUGUCAGCAAGAAGGGAAGGAACUCCUCCGGCAGAACCAGGAGCUGCAGGCCUGCCUCUCAGAGGAGAUUGGGAAGUUGCGAAGCUUUAUUUCGUCACGGGGCUCGGGGGACCGGUCUUCACACAACAACGAGCGGAGCUCCUGCGAGCUGGAGGUACUGCUGCGAGUGAAAGAGAAUGAGCUCCAGUACCUGAAAAAAGAGGUUCAGUGUCUCCGGGAGGAGCUUCAGAUGAUGCAAAAGGAUAAGAGAUUCGCCUCAGGGAAAUACCAGGACGUCUACGUGGAGCUGAAUCACAUUAAGGUGCGCUCAGAGCGGGAGAUUGAACAGCUGAAGGAGCAUCUGCGCCUGGCCAUGGCGGCCCUCCAAGAGAAGGAGUCGCUGUGCAACAGUGUCAACGAGUAACGGUCUGCUCUUCAUUUGUUUAUCUGUUCUUGUUUUUUAUUUGCUCCAUUCCUCACUUACAGGGAGGGAGAGGUUGAAUCCCAUCCGUUAUCGCCUUGGCAAGAAAUCUCCCCUCCCCGUGCAGCCUCCUCACUCCCCUCGCAAAGCUUUCAAUGAAGCCCUUCCAAACCCCUUU